AUGGUCGGCGGUCGCGACAAAGGUAGAACAACACGAAACGAAAUAAUACAAGUGACGUUGAGUCUUCUUCUGCUUGUGUAUUGUAUCCCAGAAAGCAAGUGCGACUAUGUUAAUAAUUUUGGUAGCAGCGACCAGAUGCCAUGGCUAUUUGAUGAACAGAUGCCCGUUGUCGACGAAGUAUAUGGAGGACUACUCCCCACGACGUUAGAGCCGUACCAUUACAAGGUGUGGCUUCAACCGUAUCUCACGGAAGCAAAAGACGGCGACAAGUUCUUAGAUCUAGACGGUAAAGUCGAUAUGUAUUUUUAUUGUCUAGAGGAUACCUUCAACAUUACAUUUCACAUCAAUCAGAUGACGAUUUCAAAAUACGAACUUUAUGACAUCAGUGGUGAAGUGGAAAAACUCCUUCCGACAGCCGGUAACGCUAGCAACACUGAGUGGGAUUGGUACACAGUAACCUCGAUGGGUUCCCUUCAAGCUGGAAUCAAUUAUCGCUUAUAUAUAGAAUAUGUCGCCACCUUGGAUCAUCCUAACAAUGGUUUCUACUAUGGUACAUAUGUAGAAAACUCUAUUAUUAAAGAAUUUGUUGGCACUCAGUUUGAAUCAACCGACGCCCGAAAAGCAUUCCCUUGCUUUGAUGAGCCAGCUUAUAAGGCAACAUUCGACACCGCGUUGGUGUACAGACCGGAAUACGUGGCACUGGCUAACACAGAAUCUAUUUUAAAUGACACCUACUAUGAUCCGAACACCGAUGAAGUGUGGAGUGUUACCUACUUUGCUACAACCGUCAAAAUGUCCACUUAUCUGAACGCCUACACUGUUGGUGACUGGGCAUGUGUAGAAAAUACUUCACGUAAUGGGAUUAAGUUCCGUGUAUGGUGCCAGCCCUCAUUGCUUUAUCAGGCGGAAUACGCAUUGAACGUGGGAAUGACACAACUUAGCAAUUUUGAAGAUCUUUGGAAUAUUCCAUAUCCUAUGACGAAAAUGGAUAUGUCUGCAUUACCAGUAUUUUCAGCUGGUGCAAUGGAAAACUGGGGUUUGGUCUUUUACCAGGAAGGAGGUUUACUAUACAGUCUUGAAGCAGGGCACACACCAUCCCAAAGGAAGGGCGUGGCACAACUAAUUGCCCAUGAACUCAUUCACCAGUGGUUUGGUAAUUGGGUCACAAUGGAGUGGUGGAGUCAUCUGUGGCUGAAUGAAGGAUUUGCCACUUAUUUUGAAUACUUAGGCACACAGUGGGUGGAACCUGGCUUCGAAAUGUACGAGCAAUUCUUUCAGAGGGAACCGCAAUAUAGCACAUUUGCAAGAGACCAACAGGGUGAUUCUCAUCCAGUGAUAAAGGACGUUGGGACUGGUAGUAUGUUUAAUACUAUUACAUAUAACAAGGGAGGAUCCGUAAUCAAGAUAAUGGAUGGAUUCCUGGGAGUUGAUCUGUUGUUUGAAGGUUUCCGUGUUUACCUAAAUCGAUUCGCCUACGACAACGCCCUCUCUGAUGAUUUGUGGGCAGUCCUAACGGAGGUAGUAGAACUUGAUAUGGGAGGAAACAUGAAAGAUAUUUUCGGAUAUAAUAUGAAAGAACUUAUGGAUCCAUGGACUUUACAAAUGGGAUUCCCCGUUGUGAAUCUCACUCGAACAUCGACCACUGCUAUACAAGCCGAUCAAGGACACUUCUUGUUAGACCCACACGAUGUAGUUGAGGAUGAAGAAUAUGGGAAUAUGGGGUAUGUAUGGCAUGUUCCAUUAACUUUCACUCAUCAAGGGGAACAAUCGUUUCACAAUCCAAAUACAGAAUGGCUUCACCUGACUUCCGCGGUGCUGACAUUGGAUGGCGCCACAGAUAAUGAUUGGUAUAUUGCUAAUAUCAACCAGACUGCUCUGAUACGGGUUAACUAUGAUUUAGACAAUUGGGGAAAACUCGCGCAACAAUUAUUAGUCGACUAUAAGGCUAUCCCACCGAGAAAUCGAGCACACCUCAUACAUGACGCCCUCGUUCUAGGCCAAGCUCAGCAAUUGGAUCACGUUGUAGCCAUGGAGACCAUUCAGUAUUUGUUCUAUGAGACUGACUAUAUUCCAUGGCAUGCAUAUGAAGAUGAGCAAUUGUACACAAUGUAUAUGUUAUGGAGAACGUCUACUUAUGGAAUGUAUCAGAAUUACAUUAGUGAUUUAGUGAGCCCAAACUAUGCUUCACUGGGAUGGGAUUUUGACUACACGGAAGACGUUGAUUAUUAUCGACGUUUAGAUACCCUGAGGAUAGCAUGUGAUUAUAAUCACGUAGACUGCGUUGCCAAUGCCACAAAUCAGUACUCUGCAUGGAUGGCUGACCCAGACAACAACAAAAUUGAAGUGAACAUGCGCAGUACCGUCUACUGUACAGCCAUUCGUGCUGGUGGAGAAACCGAGUGGAACUUUGCUUAUAACCGACAGAAAACAGACUUAGAAGAACGAAGCAGAUUACGUUCAGCCAUGGCCUGUACACAGCUAGAUUAUUUACUUCUAGGGUACAUGGAGGAGUCUCUAGCAGGUAUAGAGUUCAAUGCACGAACUACAAUUGGAUAUGUACGAGAGAAUUCGGCGUUGGGAUUUAGCAUAUCAUGGACUUUUACGGUUGAAAACUUUGUAGCGUUAGAAGGAUUAUAUGGCAACACCGCGUACAAUAUAGUAUGGGCAUUUGCAGAUAUAAUGAACACUAACAAAGAUCUGUUGGAGUUGAAUGCCUUUUGGGAUCUAUAUAACAAUAUUCCAGAUGUCAACGAUUUCAACGAUGCUGUUAAACGAGUAGAACUAAAUAUAGGCUGGAUGAAUAGAAAUGAGGCCGACAUCGAUGCAUUCCUGGGAUUAUUAUAA